ACCGUGGACCAAGGCGGCCUCUGGGCCUCUGGAUCAGAUGCUGAAGGCGCAGUCCCACUGCAUCUCCUGCGGCUCGGAUGCCGCCAGAGAGGUGGUUCUCUCCUCUGGGCGCCUCUUGGAGGAGGUUAUUCCUGAGAGCAGUUACAGGAAGGAUGUUACCACUGACAAUGAAAAUACUAGUUUUGCUGCUGCUGCCGCUGCCCCUGAAUCAGGCUGCUCCCAAGGAUGGAACCAUGAGGCUGGUCCCUGAAGUGCAGCAUCUGCCUCUGCCCAACCCCUUCCAGCCAGGCCAGGAGCAGCUUCGACUUCUGCAGAGCUACCUAAAGGGACUAGAGAAGAUGGAAGAGGAGCCGGAGCACAUGAGCCGGGAACAGGUUCUCCUCUGCCUCUUUGCCCUCCAUGACUAUGACCAGAGUGGACAACUGGAUGGCCUAGAGCUGUUGUCCAUGUUGACAGCAGCUCUGGCCCCUGGAGCUGCUGACUCUCCCACCACCAACCCGGUGAUCCUGGUAGUGGAUAAGGUGCUGGAGACCCAGGACCUGAAUGGGGAUGGGCUCAUGACCCCUGCAGAGCUCAUCAACUUCCCUGGAGAGGCCCCCAGGCUUGCAGAGCCCAAAGAGCCCCUGGGGCCACAAGAAGCUGAGACGCAGCCUCUGCUGGCUAAAACCCCAUCAAGACAAGAAGUACAUGAAGCCCUGGGUCCUGGAGAAGAAGCUGGGGGACAGAUGGAGGCCAGAAGGGAGUCCUCGGAGCCUGUACAGGAGGCUGAGGGACAGGCAGAGGCUGAAAAAGAAGCCCCAGGCCCAGGAGGGGAGAUUGGGAGACAGGCAGAGGCCAGGGACACUGGAGAGGGAGCAGAAGAGCUCCCAGGGGAAACACUGGAGUCUGAGAACACCCCAAAUGAGUUUGAGGUCCAUGCUAUUCAGCUGGAGAAUGAAGAGAUAUAAACCUUGAGGAUACAGGUUUGCACCCCUAGAAGUCUCAGUGCUAGAACAUAAACCGUGAAGGGUGGGUGGGGUGUGUAUGUUGGGACGAUGACCCCCUCUGUGCCCUGUUCCUGGCCCCAGUAGGCGGCAGGUCUUUCUGUGCAGCUCAGGGAGACCCUAAGUUGAAGGGCAGCUUUAGGGCCCGGACAACCAAUAAAGAACUGAAUGAACUCA